AUGAGCACUAAGGCGCGCAUGCGUACGCCGUCGCCUAAAACCGUGACUUUCGAUCCAUCGCCGCCCACGACGUUGGAGCGGAAACCCAGGAAAUGGGCGUUUAAGAACCGCUCCGAGUGGGAAAGAUACCUCGAUGCUCUUUUGGCCGAUUUGCAGAACACCGUUUCGGGUUCCUCUGGAGUAGGAUCGAAUUAUUCGGGUUAUGGGCAAAGAGGUGUGAGAUAUUCGCCCGAUAGCGAGAGUCACAUUUCUAAAGCUGAGAGCUAUGUCUCCAAGUCGGGAAACUACGGCAAGGUGUCCUCUAAUUCGGGCAGUAGAAGCCCCAGUUACGGUAUGAGCGGCAGCGGCACUCACACGGGCCCCACGUCUACGCAUUCGACGAUGGAAAGGAGACCCUUUAACAAUAAUCUGGACGAGCUGGAUUCGCUGCUGCUGGACCUUAGCAACAGCAGGCACAAUGCAUCUUCCGAAAACAUGAAUGGGUCUGCGAGUCCUUACAAUGGAUCUCUUCAUGAUUCUUUAACCCCUCGUAGUCCUUCUAAUUAUUCGAAGCCGUCGAGUGCCCAAAGUACUUUAAAUAGACCUACAGUCGAUAGUUUAUUGGAAGAACUCAACGCUGGGGAACAAAUUUACACUGGUCCUAAGAAGGUGGUGAUAACCGUGAAGGAAACCAAAACCGAAACAGGUUUUCCUGGGGACACUGACUUGGUUUCAUCGCACGUAACCCAAACGGCUGCUUCUACAGCAACUAGAGAAUUGGACGAUUUGAUGGCCAGUCUCUCCAAUAUUAAAGGUGCUGAGCAGACCGGAAUGACGGAGGACAUUUUCAUCGAAGAGAGAAUUACCGAGGUAAACCAAGGGCCGCAACACCAGACCGUCACCGAUCACCAGUACGCCAAACCCAUCAAGGCCACACGGACGCAGAGCGCCCCGCCGAAGCAGAACUUGGAUUCGAUGCUAGGCAACCUACAGGCGGACAUGAGCCGACAGGGAGUCAACACCAGCCAGAAGGGCUGCUGCAACGCCUGCGACAAGCCGAUCGUCGGCCAGGUGAUCACGGCGCUGGGCAAGACGUGGCACCCGGAGCACUUCACCUGCGCCCAUUGCAGCCAGGAAUUGGGCACGAGGAACUUCUUCGAGCGCGAGGGCAAGCCGUACUGCGAGCCCGACUACCACAACCUCUUCAGUCCCAGAUGCGCCUACUGCAACGGGCCUAUUCUAGACAAAUGCGUGACGGCUUUGGAGAAGACCUGGCACAUGGAUCACUUCUUCUGCGCCCAAUGCGGCAAGCAAUUCGGCGAGGAAGGGUUCCAUGAGCGCGAAGGGAAGCCGUACUGUCGCGACGAUUACUUCGACAUGUUCGCGCCCAAGUGCGGGGCUUGCAAUCGCGCCAUCAUGGAGAAUUACAUUUCCGCUUUGAACGCCCAAUGGCAUCCGGAUUGCUUCGUUUGCCGAGAUUGCAGACAGCCAUUCAUAGGGGGUUCGUUCUUCGACCACGAGGGCCAGCCGUACUGCGAGACCCACUAUCAUCUGAAGAGGGGCUCGUUGUGCGCGGGAUGCCACAAGCCCAUAUCGGGCCGGUGCGUGACGGCCAUGUUCAGGAAAUUCCAUCCCGAGCACUUCGUGUGCGCCUUCUGCCUCAAGCAGUUGAACAAAGGCACGUUUAAGGAGCAAAACGACAAGCCCUACUGUCACAAUUGCUUCGAUAAAUUGUUCGGUUAG